CGAACAAGCACCCCUCUUCGCACCUUCACUCAAAUAAAGACCAGAAAUAAACCAGUUUGAAAUCAGAACAAAAACCCUUUCACCACCAUCACAAAUUUACCAAAAUCUUACCAUGUUCUGUUCAAGAUUCUAGUCAAAGAUCCUCAGAUACAUUCAAAACAUCAAGCGGGUUCAUCGUAAACAUGCACCCAGACGGGCAAUUAAACGGUUUCAACAAUGUCAAUGGUGGUGGUGUUAAACAUGCAGAAAUCACCGGACAUAUUCUUGAAGGCGAUCUUCCUGCUGCUAGAGUACCAGAGCUACACAAUUUGGAGAAUGCAUCUUCCCAGUCGCUGUUUCAUAUCGUACAUAAGAUUCUUGAUGACAGCAUUGAGAACAGGAAAGAAGAUGUACCAGAUAGAGUUGCCUGCCUAUUAAAAAAACUCGUUCAAAUGAUCGAGCAGCGAUGUUCAAAACAAGCAGAAGAUUUUAAGAAGCAAAACAAUUUGUACAAGACUCGUGAAGAGAAGUAUCAAUUCAAAAUGAGAGUGUUCAAAACUCUUGUAACCGGGGCCAUGGAAGAAAAUGAGGUCCUUAUGAAUCAGCUCCACCAUAUAAAGACCGAAAAGACGAUGGUGGAGGAGAAGAAAAAGCUUGAAGACGUAGAAUUAAUUAGGCUAAGGAAAGAAAACAAUGACCGCAAUUUAGAAAUUUCACAGUUAAAGCAGGAAUUUGAAGUCACAAGAGACGCGUAUGAAAAUCGGUGCAUACAACUUGAAACAGAUGCUAUGGAAAUUAAAUCCGAACUAGAAAACAAGAUUAUAAAUCUUGAAAAUCUUCUCACCGAUUCACGGAAAAAGGUGAAAGAACUUGAAAAAUUUACGGAAUCCAAAUUUCAAAGAUGGAAAAAGAAAGAACGUUGCUACAAAAACUUUAUGGAUUUUCAGUACGGUUCUCUUAAGGAAUUGAGAAUGGGUUCCGAGUCAAUUAAGCAAGAAGUUUUGAUGACACAACAGAUUUACGCAGAGGAAAUUAAUGAAUUUGGAAUGAAGAUUCAGGGGCUUGUUGACGCUGCACAAAACUACCAUGCGGUUCUAACCGAAAACCGGAAAUUGUACAAUGAAGUCCAAGAUUUAAAAGGGAACAUUAGAGUUUACUGUCGUAUAAGGCCGUUCCUCAAAGGUCAAAGUCAAAGGCAAACAACCAUUGAGUAUAUUGGUGACAACGGUGAAUUGGUUGUGACGAACCCCUCACAAAAAGCCAAAGAAAGUCACCGACUAUUUAAAUUCAAUAAGGUUUUUAGUCCUGCAGCGACACAAGAGGAAGUGUUCAUUGAUACUCAACCGCUUAUUCGGUCGGUGUUAGAUGGAUAUAACGUGUGCAUAUUCGCAUAUGGUCAAACGGGCUCUGGGAAGACAUAUACCAUGACGGGGCCUAAUGUAUCAUCUCCAGAAGACUGGGGGGUCAACUAUCGAGCCUUGAACGACCUUUUUCAUCUCUCCCAAGUUAGAAGAAACUCAUUUGAAUAUGAGAUUGGUGUGCAAAUGGUGGAAAUCUAUAAUGAGCAAGUUCGUGAUUUGUUAUCGAGUAAUAUCACUCAGAAAAGGCUCGGGAUAUGGAAUUCUACCCAACCAAACGGGUUAGCCGUCCCAGAUGCAAGCAUGCACUCAGUUACAUCAACUGCAGACGUCUUGGACUUAAUGAAUGUCGGGUUAAUGAACCGGGCUGUGGGUGCAACCGCCUUGAACGAAAGGAGUAGCCGGUCCCACAGCGUCUUAACCGUUCACGUUCGCGGAACGGAUCUUGAAACAAACGCGGUUUUGCGGGGUAAUUUACAUUUGGUUGAUCUCGCUGGGAGUGAACGCGUGGAUCGAUCUGAAGCAACCGGUGACAGAUUAAGAGAAGCCCAACAUAUUAAUAAAUCUUUAUCCGCUCUUGGCGAUGUUAUUUUCGCACUUGCACAAAAGAGUCAACACGUGCCGUAUAGAAAUAGCAAACUUACUCAAGUUUUGCAAAGCUCUUUAGGGGGUCAAGCAAAAACACUUAUGUUUGUACAGCUAAAUCCCGAUGUAGAAUCGUUCUCUGAAACCAUAAGUACAUUGAAAUUCGCUGAACGGGUUUCCGGAGUUGAGUUAGGUGCAGCUCGUAGCAAUAAAGAGGGGAGGGGUGUUCGUGAGCUCAUGGAACAGGUGACUAAUUUGAAAGACUCAUUGACCAAAAAGGACGAGGAGAUCUCACGGUUACGGACUGGAAAGACUUCAAGCGGUGAAAAGAGCUUACCGAGGAGGUACGGUUCAUCCUCUUCGAUGCAUUCAAUGGGGGAAUUACAGUCCAACGGUACUCCAGCACGCGACAAAAGUGUAAAUCUUGGCCCAAAAGCAGCUUCUGACAUCGAUAACUGUUCGGAGUUCAGUGAUAAACAAUCUGAAACCGGUUCUCAGCGGUCUACAGAUGAGUUUCGACACUGUAAACUCGUUACAACAGAUGAUGAUAUUCGAGAUCUUAACGAUGAUAUUGAGCUUUUAGGGUUAGGGGAUGCUGAUUCCGAUGAGAGAUUAAGUGAUAUUUCCGAUGGUGUUCUUUCAAUGGGGACGGAGACUGAUGGUUCGAUGAGUAGCAUUGUCGAGUUAACUCUUUUUCCUGAAACGGCAAAAGCACCUAUUGAGCCACAGCAGAAGCCCAGUGUGCCUGCUAAAAUUCCAAGACCACCACCACCACAAAAGGCUGCGUCUUCUUCGCAAAAACCAGUGCGCGCGGGUUCAUCUUCGCAAAGACAGGGGCUAAUAGCACCUUCUAGACCUUCGUUAACCAAGGGUGGCCCACGUGCUGCAUCAAGUUCUAGUGCUAAAAAGUCAACUUCCGGCAGUUCUUCGCUUAUACGGCGGUGAACAUCGGUAUUAAUCAAUCGGCCAUGACUGUAAACCUAAGAUAGAUUAACAGCUUUCAUUAAUGGAGAAACACUUGUGUUUCUGAAUUGAUUUAGAAAUAUAUCUGAAACUGUGUAGGAAUGUAGGUCUCCCAAUUGGCAAAAUCAGAAUGCUUGUAGUUACAGCUUCAAGAUAUUUUAUUUGACAUCAUUUGACCUUUUGUAAA